AUGGAAUGGCAAAGGAGUAGUAAGGAGUGCCCUCCAGUGGAGCUCAUGGGCACUCCAGCUGGUGGAGAGACAAGUAAAACUGAGAACAUGUCAGUGACAGAGGGGGAUGCUGUCACUCUACAAUCUGAUCUUUCGGAAAUAUUGAAUGACGAUACAAUAUUAUGGAUGUUUGGACCUAAAGACACUCUCAUAUCUCAAAUCCGAAGAGAGGAUGACCUGACCUCAUUUUUGGUCACCGAUGAUGUGGGAUUCAGAGGCAGAUUGCAGGUGGAUCAAAACACUGGCUCUCUCACCAUCAGAAACACAAGAAUCAGACACUCUGGACAAUAUAAACUAUCCUUCUCUAGAGAAAAGACUACAAUCAAGAUAUUUAAUGUUACUGUCUUUGUUGUGGUUGGUAAGACGGACGGAGUUAAGUCAGUGUCAUUGUCAGUGCUGGAGGGAGAUCCUGUCACUCUACAUACUGAUUCUGAAAUACACCAAGAUGCUCUGAUGCUGUGGAGGUUUGGUGAUAAAGGCAUCCUCCUGGCUAAAAUUGACUUUGAGACAAAUGAGACCUCACUAACCGAUGCUGAUGAGGGAUUCAAAGAUCGACUGCAGCUGGAUCAGACCGGAUCUCUGACCAUCAAGAACACCAGAACCACAGACUCUGGACUUUAUGAACUACAGAUCAGAGGCAGUGAGAGCUUGCAGAGAUUCCUGGUUUCUGUAAGUGAUGCAGGUCUUUCUUCGAGUGUUAUAGCAGGAAUAGUUGUUGGUGUUAUUGUUCCUGUUCUGCUGAUCCUGAUUGCCUUUGUGAUCUACUACCGCCGCAGGAUUUAUAAAUUAAAAAGGCAAAUGGAGGCAGAAUCAACAGGUGUUUCUCAUAUCAGUGUCAGCACGUUCAGACAGUAUGAACCGUGUGAAAUGAUGGAGAUGGACCGCUGCUUUGAUGUUCGUGGCGCACUGGACUCCUUCAUCGAGCUCAGUGUCGGGUUUCUGCUUUUCAGAGCCGUGUGUCCGCUGUCCAAAUGA